UUUCCGGCGUGAGACUGACCUCGCGUCCUCAAGCUGGUACAAGUCUGGACUUCGGUUUCCUGAUAUUUUAUAAAAUUUAACGGACGUAAUCAUGGUUUUUGAAAGGAAGAUGCUCACCCACGGCGAUCCCGACGAUGAGGAAGAAGAUGCACCUGCAGAGGAAGAAGAAGAAGAAGAGGAGGAGGAAGAGGAAGAAGACAUGGUGGACCCUCUGGAAACAAUACGAGCCAAGUGUGAGAAGUCUGAACACUGCAUGCACACAAAGGAGCGUCUGGAGAUCUGUGAAGCCAGGGUGGGCUCCAGGUCCAGCACUGAGGAGGAGUGCACAGAAGAGCUCUUCGACUUCUUACAUGCGCGGGACCACUGCGUUGCACACAAGCUGUUCCACAACGUGAAAUGACUUUCCUGACCAAGUUCUUGACCAGUGCAGCUGUAGAAUAUAUUUAAUUGCAAAUAUUGUACAAUCUUAAUCAGCAGCGGUGAAGUCUGCUCUCUUGAAUUGGGCUUCAUGCAUUCCACUCUUUAUGCAAAACAGGAUUUUUGAAAAUGUCAGAAGCAGAAUCAAUAUUAAUGAUCAGUGCUACUUUGCAUUUGGAUGCGUCUGUAUCAGGAGUUUGUGCAAAGCUUGUCAGAUUAUGUGUAGAAGCAAGUGAGCUGUUCCAUUUGUUUACCUCAGGUUUGUUUGGUCAUUCCUUCUUUCAACUAGAAAAUAAAACUAUUUUACUCUU